AUGGAUCGCAGAUCCCGAGCUCAGCAAGGGCGCCGAGCUCGCCACAGUUACAACGAUCUGUGCCCACCCCUAGGCCGCCGGGCAGCCACCGCACUCCUCUGGCUCUCCUGCUCCAUUGCUCUCCUUCGCGCCCUCGCCACCUCCAGCGCCCGCGCCCAGCAGCGCGCGGCUGCCCAGCGCCGGAGCUUCCUUAACGCCCACCACCGCUCCGCCGCCCAGGUAUUCCCUGAGCCCCCCGAAUCCGACCACGAGCACGAGGAGGCAGACCUCGAGCUCUCCCUCCCCGAGUGCCUGGAGUACGAGGAAGAGUUCGACUACGAAUCCGAGACCGAGUCUGAAAUCGAGUCGGAGACCGACUUCCAGAGCGACCCUGAGACCGCCCCCACCACUGAGCCCGAGACCGAGCCCGAGGACGAGCGCGGCCCCGUGGUGGCCAAGCGCCGCACCUUCGACCAGUCUCUCACUGAGCGUCUCAACGCCCUGAGGUUGCAGAGCCCCGACGCCUCCCCGAGUCGCGCGCAGCCCAGCACUCGGGAGUCUGAGAGCCCCAGACAAGGGGAGGAGCCCGAGCCCGAGGACAAGGAUCCGAGGGACCCCGAGGAGUCUGAGCAGCCAAAGGAGAAGAAGCAGCGACGGCGCCGCUGCAAGCCGAAGAAGCCCACCCGCCGCGACCCAUCUCCGGAGUCUCCUUCCAAAAGGGGACCCAUCCCCAUCCGGCGUCACUAAUGGAGGACGCGCCCCAGAUUCUCCUUGUUUUCUUUGACCCAGGUGCUGGAGAAUCUGGUAAAAGCACCAUCGUGAAGCAAAUGAGGAUCCUGCAUGUUAAUGGGUUUAAUGGAGAACAACAUUACCCCUAGAUGAUGGCUUCAGUGUCUCAUCUUCCCGGCUAUGUCCUAUCACACUUUGCAUGCUGGAAUUGCCCGUCUUAGGAACUUCUAAUAAGAAUACUAUUCUGUUGGGGAGGGGGGAGGGGGCCCUACCACCUAACCUCUAAAGAUAACAACAAAAAAAAAAAAACCAAAAAAAAAAAAAAUCCCUAAUUGACAAAAAUGUAGUGUAUCAACUAUCCAAGGCAUCUACAUAAAAAGUGAUUGACAGUUUACUGUACCAAAAGUCGGCAUUUGAGAGCUACGACACAUCUUUACUGAGCCACCUACUGUGUACUAGAUGCUAUGCUAGACCCCUGAACCCUUCUAAUACCUACUAACAGCCUGCUCUUCUGUGACUCUGUUCUACAAGUAGAAAUAAGUAUUAACAUAUGUGAUAAAUAAAAGUUAUCUGCAUGUCUCAGCAA